AUCGAGACCCUCGAUCCAGUCCGCCGAUCCCCAUCCAGCUCCAACUCGUUCAAAACCCGAAUAGCCGCGUCCAAGGAAGAAGCGCUCGAAGAGGUCACUCACCUUUCAGACGACAUCCAGGUAUACUGCGAUGGAUCAGGGCAUCAAGGCAACAUCGGGGCGGCGGCAAUCCUCUUUCGAGCAGGACGCCGCCUGCGCACCCUGAGAUACUACCUAGGUUCAGAAGAUGAGCACACCGUUUUUGAGGCGGAGGCAGUAGGCCUCACAUUAGCAGCGGAACUAUUGGCGACUGAAGAUGACUUGACCUUCCCCAUCUCCAUACUAGUCGACAAUCAAGCCACCAUACAAUCCGGUGAACACUUCUACUCUAGACCUGGAUCAUACUUAAUAGACCGUUUUUGCCACAGAAUGGAAGACAUCGCUAGAGAGUACCGCGAGUUCAACGUCAUGGUUCGUUGGGUGCCAGGGCAUUCAGAAGUACAUGGAAAUGAGCAAGUAGACGCACAGGCGAAGAGAGCGGCCGAAGGAAGACACAACAACAGCCCAGUGGGGUCCCUUCCCAAUUACCUGCGGCUAGGAACUCUUCCACUGAGCGUGUCAGCGCUCAAGGCCGCACACAGCAAACUCACGCAAGCUCGCUGGGAGAGAAUCUGGCGUAGAUCACCCCGCUACACACACAUGAACCGCAUAGACCCCAAGCUUCUCCAACGUUCAUUUGUCAAACUCUCCGCGCAAUUCCCCAAACGCCUCACGAGCUUAUAUAUGGCCCUACGCUCACAACAUGCCCCGCUCAAUCAUCAUCUACACCGUAUCGGAAAGUCCCUCUCCCCGCACUGUCCGCACUGUCCAGGCAUCAAAGAGACAGUCCCCCAUUUCCUUAUCGACUGCACGCGUUACCGCCCUGAACGACACAAUCUGAUAUGCGCAUUGGGGCGCAAGGCCACCUCCCUCCCUUUCCUCCUCACCAGUCCAGAAGCCACUCCGCAUCUCGUACGCUAUGUCAACUCGACAGGGAGA